ACAAAAAGGACAAAAUGGCAGAGUGAGCAGACGUCGCAGAGAAGAGUGUUGAAGAGAAGUAAAAAAACUCCGAGUUCGAUUCUCCGUGGAAAAAUUGCUGAAAAUCCGUCUGGUCAAAAGUUCCGUCGGUUUCGUCGCGUGUGGGACCACUUUUGGUGUAUUUCCGGUCAAGUUGGGGUAAACGGUAAAACUGGAAAAGUGUUGGGGACAAAUUGUGACCAUCAGCGGAGAAGAAGUUUGUCGUAUCAUCUCCCGACUCUUCCCCCUUUGAUUUUGCUGUGUGUUGCCUCCUGAGGAGAGGAAUAUGUAAUUAGGCAAAGGUUAUUCAAUAACUUCUGGAGGGACCGGGAUUUUGUUCCGGCGUCAGCAGCUGGCAAGCCCGUCUGGCCUGGUAAACGUGAAAAAAAUGAAGCAAAUUUAGUUGCGUUUCCGGAAGACUUCAAGUGAGACUCAACGUAAGCACACUUGCCUCCACCGUCAACAUGAUUCGGCCACACUUUGAGCCGCAACCGUCGCCGCUCGACUACCAGCACCAUCAUCAGCAGCAGCAGCACCAACAACAACAACAGCAGAUCCAACACCAGGUGCAACAACAGCAGCAGCAAAUUUCCAAAAUGGUCAGCAGUCCACCGCCGACCAUCGUGGGAACUCCCAAUGGCACGACCAUGUGCGUCACAAAGCUGCUCGUAGGCCUGGAUCAUGCUCCGAUGGCGUUCAACGUGCGGCAACGGAUAAUCGGGGACGGUGGGACAAACCUGAACUAUAUCCGGUCGGAGACGGGAGCGAUGGUCACGUUGCGGGGUCGGGGUUCGCUAAACAUUGAGCCGCAGACGGGCCAGGAAGCGAUGGAACCGUUGCACUUGUACAUAGAACAUCCCACGUUGGAGGGAUUGCAGAACGCAAAGCAGCUAGCCAAAAAUCUCAUCGAGACGCUCCAGGAGGAGUUGAAUCUGUUCCAGCAGCAGGAACAGCAGCAGGUUCCGAAGCAGAGUUAUCAGAUUAUUCAGCAACAGCCGACGCUAGUCCAGACGACGCAGGUGCAGCAGAUGCCACCGAUGAUCCGUGCCCAGCACGUGGCCCAGCCAAACGGGAUCAUCCAUCAGCCGCCGCCGCCAGUUAUGCCGCCGCAGAGCUUUGUGCAGAGUCAGCCGCCACCGCAGACGCAGAUCAUUCAGCAGCAGCCGCCGACGAUCAUUCAGUCGCACGUGCCAGUUCAGAUUCACCAACAGCCGAGCAAUAUGGUCAUUUCGCAGAUUGCUAACGUAAGCAAUCCUCCGCCGGGCGCGCAGAUACGGCCACCGAUGAUGCAGAUUAAGACGGCUGGACCGCCCCACAUGUCGCAACCACCGCCCAGCAUUCAAAUUCCCCAGCAAGAGGCUCCCCAACAGAUCCUGGUGAACCAGGCGCCACCUUACCAGGUUCAGUACAUUCAACAGAGUCCGGCUAUUCAAACCAGCAGCGGACCACAUCCGACGGGACAGGUUACGAUCCAGCACGUCAUCCAACAGCCGCAGCCGCAACCAAUUCAAGGAAUUGUGCAAACAACGCUUCCUCCGCCCCAGUUUGACCAGUUCCAGCGACCUCCCCAGGGCCAGCAGAUCAUCACCGUUCAGGGCAGUGCCGCUUUUAUGGUGCCUCCGCCGAACAUUAUCCACCAAACUGUGGCGCCACAUCCUACCCAGAAUCAAAUUAUCGUACAGUCACAACCCAUCAUCACUCACCCGCCGCCAAGCGCGAUGCCCCAGGAACUGGUCCAAACCAUGGCACAAUCGGCACCCCUCGGACCACCCCCGAUGGCGCAAGUCCCGAUGAUCAUGAACGGAGCCGACGACAAAAAGCCCGGCGAAAUUCAAAUCAAAACAGAACAGAUCAAGCUCGAAGAUGGACCUCCUCCAAUCCUCACCCAAAUGCCCAAAACUACGGUGAUUCCAGUUUCAUCCACCAUGGCGAACAUCACCCUCAGUCAACCUCCGCCCCCGAUCAUGUCAGUUCCCCCGCCAACGGUGCAGCACAUCGUCGGCAACACGAUCAUAACGUCCCAGCCAAAUCCCCCGAUAAGCCACGCGGCCAUCCCCCAGCAAAUCUACAGCCAGAUCCCGGUCUCGAUCCAAUCGUUCCAACCGUCGCACCAGCAAAUCCAGCAGAUCAACGGCAGUACGCACUUUGUCGUCAACACCCAGCCCCAACCGUGGCCCCCGAAUGGUGCCGUUCCGCCGCCCCAGAUCCAGCAAGUGCCGGUCAGUUCGAUGCAAAACAUCCAAUUCGCCACGGCGCCUCAGCAAAUGCGCAACCCGAACGAGAUCCAGAUCAUCAGCUCACCGGCGACGAUCAUCAGCGCGGCCGAGUACCGACCCCAGCAGCAACAGCAGCAGCACAUCAUCACGACUAGUGGGCCAUUCAACCCGCAGAUGCAACCGCCACCAGGCGUCCAGGUGAUCCACACGGUGCCCCCGCCCCAGCAGAUCAUCACUAGCAUCCCUCAGACGGUGCAGAGCGUGCCUCCGCCGCCGCAGAUCAUCGAAGCCUCGCCACACCAUGCGGUGCCGCCACCCCACUCGGCAACGCACCAAAUCAUGACCGCACACGGGCCACCGCCGCCUUACACCACGGUGCAUUACACGAUGGCGCCGCACGAUCCGAAGCUGUUGCAACCACCCAUGGAGAUUCAGCACCAGCAUCCGCACCAACAUCAACAUCAACAACACCAACUACACCAGCAGCAGCAGCACCAACAACAACAGCAACAGCAACAACAGCUCGGAAUGCGACCUGGGCAAAAGCGGAAGCACCCUGAGGACGAUGCGCACCGCAACAUUCCGCCCAAGAUGGGAAUGGGGAUGAAUCACAACAGCAUCAGCAGCAGCGGCAACAUCAACAGCAGUUCCGGCCCCGGGUCGGCGAUGAACGUGAUGUCCUCGGCAACGUCGACGGCCACGGUCGUCACGACCUCGUCGACUUCCGGCGGUUUAAUCACAUCGCAAAUUUCCUCUGCAUACUCAACAGAUGAGAUGGCCCGGUUGGAGUCUGGACCUAAGUCGGGAAAUGAGCAGCAGUCUGGCGGCAACGAUCACGAAAACUUUUGCAACGUCGGUGCCGGCAGCAGCAACUCCAACAAUAAUUCCAGCAACAAUAGCCAAGGGCCCAAACAUGGCCAGGACAGCGGAAGAUCGCCCCGGUCGGGUUACCGCAUGAACCAGCCAUACUACUCGAACAACAAUGGUGGCGGAGGCCAGAAGGGCAACCGCAACUGCAACAACGGAAGCUACCAACUCAACAACUAUCCGCGGACGUACGAAACGACGGCGCCGCCACCGCCAAAGUGGUGGUAGAAAGGGGCAGCUGCUAGAAAAGUCGCCGUCGAGUAGGACGGCGGGGCGAUUGUAAUUUAUUUUUUUGAAUUGUUGACCUCUUUUUUUCUGAAUAACCCCCUCUAGAAUUCUAGUAAAAGCUACCGCGAGAUAACUUGGGUGAAAUCCCCGUCACCAAGAAGUGUGCGGUAGGACAUUUAUUAUAUUCAUAGAGUCUGUGGGCGCGUCUCAUGUGUGAACGGAGGACGUAAAACGCUUCUUAACCAAAAUAUGCGCCCCCUGCGUUAGGGAAUCUGUACAUAUGUGAAACUUGAUUCAUUGAUCAAAUGUGUUAUCUGAAAAAAAUAUAGAUAUUAUUUUUGCCGAAAUUUAA